AAGCCAGACUACGAAAUGCGCUUCAGUCGCGUUUCGAUCUUGAACUUGAACGCAUCGAUCGCGUGGCACAUUUCGUGGGCUCGUCGUCACACUAUUUCAAUCGCCAGGAUGUUCUCCUGCGGCCUCCUCAUCACGCUGCUGGUGCUGUACAUUAUCUGGGAUGUCAACUACUUCAUCCGGUGCGUGGCCACGCUCGGCUACGGCAUGCUGUUUCAGCGCAAACGCCGCGUCACCGACCAAACCUCGAUCUACGGGCUGUGCACCACCCAGGACGUGGACAUCUUCAUCCGGCACAUGAACAACGCGCGGUACGUGCGCGAGCUGGACUUUGCGCGGUUUCACUUUUACGCACUGACCGGAAUCUACGGCAAGAUCAAGGCGAAGGGUGGUGGCGCCGUGCAGGGCGCGUCCAGCGUCCGGUAUCGGCGCACGAUUCCGAUCUUUAGCGCGUACAAGAUCACGACGCGGUUGGUUUGGUGGGACGACAAGGCGAUCUACCUGGAGCAACAGUUUGUGACGCUGGGCGAUGGGUUCGUGCGGGCGGUGGCCAUGUCCAAGCAGUGCAUCACGAAGGUCGACGUGGUGGAGAUGAUGAAGCAGUUCCCGGGGGCGGAACAACGACCUGAGAUGCCGGAGGAGUUGCGCCAGUGGUUGGAGGCGAUCGAGACUAGCAGUCAGAAGUUGCGGAAGGAGAAGUGAAUGCUCGCGAAGGGACGUUCGGAACAGUGAAUAGCGCGACGGGGGUUUGGUGCAAAAUAACGUUUUUGUUUAUAAUUUAAUACCUUAUUGCAUUCCCAUGGAGUGGUAUAUAAAAUAAAAUAAUACACCUUUGUUUAAAACAAAA